CGUCACCGUUACCCUGACAACGAAACCAAAACAAAGCAUUCCUCUGUGUGGUAUAUGGAGUUUAUUCUAAGCAUUUUCUUAAAAUGAGGGCUGUGCCAGCAUGGGUGGACAAAGUUCAUGAUCGGGACAAAGUGGAACAGUGCAUAUAUGAUUUAUGCUUCAAUCCAGAUGGAUCUCAUCUUGUAGUUGCAGCAGGUCAGAGGGUUCUUGUCUAUGAUACUAGUGAUGGUUCCCUUAUUCAGCCAUUGAAAGGUCAUAAAGAUACAGUGUAUUGUGUUUGUUAUGCAAAAGAUGGAAAACGUUUUGCAUCUGGAAGUGCUGAUAAAACUGUCAUUAUUUGGACUUCAAAGCUUGAAGGGGUUUUAAAAUAUUCACAUAAUGAUGCCAUUCAGUGUUUGGCAUAUAGCCCAGUAUCUCAUCACUUGGCAAGCUGUGCGAUCAGUGACUUUGCUUUUUGGUCAGCUGAGCAGAAAUCUGUGCAGAAACACAAGUCCAGCGCUCGCAUCAAUACUUGUGCUUGGACAAAUGAUGGCCAAUAUCUAGCCCUUGGCCUUGGCAAUGGCUGUAUAUCCAUAAGAAAUAAGGCUGGUGAAGAAAAGGGUCACAUCAAGAGGCCUGGAGGUUCCCAAACACCUAUUUGGGCAAUUGCAUGGAGUCCAGCCAAGGAAGACAACUACUGUGACAUUUUAUGUGUCACUGACUGGGGACAGACACUGUCCUUCUACACUAUGGGUGGAAAACUGGUCGGCAAAGAGCGGAAUAUUGGAUUUGACCCAUUGUGUGUGAACUACUUCAACAAAGGAGAGUAUUUACUAAUUGGUGGCUCAAACCGACUUUGCACCUUAAUGACUAGAGAUGGUAUCAAACUGGGAUCAGUUGGUGAUGAACAGCCGUCAUGGGUUUGGUGCUGUGCUGCUCGCCCUGAUUCAUCAUUUGUGGCUGUUGGCUGUCAGGAUGGCACACUUGCAUACUAUCAGCUUAUUUUCAGUACUGUUCAUGGACUUUAUAAGGAGAGAUAUGCAUUCAGGGAGAACACGACUGAUGUUAUCAUUCAGCAUCUCUUAACAAAUCAGAAAGUCAGAAUAAAGUGUCGAGAUCUAAUCAAGAAAAUUGCUAUUUAUAAGCACAGAUUAGCUGUUCAGCUCCCGGAACGUGUGGUUAUCUAUGAACUGAAUUCUGGAGACUCGGUAGGAAUGCAUUAUCGAGUAAAGGAGAAGAUAAAUCAGAAACUGGAAUGCAAUCUGCUUGUUGUAUGCACUGAACACUUGGUCCUCUGCCAAGAGAAACGGCUGCAGUGCCUCACCUUUGAAGGAGUCAAAGAGAGAGAAUGGGUGAUGGAGUCUCCCAUUCGUUACAUCAAAGUUGUUGGUGGCCCUCCUGGUCGGGAGGGUCUUCUUCUGGGUGUAAAGAAUGGUCAGGUGUGGAAGAUUUAUCUGGACAAUGCAUUUCCAGUGAGUCUUUUGAAGGUUUCUUCUGCUGUCAGGUGUCUGGACCUGAGUGCAUCAAGGAAGAAACUUGCAGUUGUGGAUGAAAAUAACCAGUGUCUGGUAUAUGAUAUUCAGAAGAAGGAACUCCUGUUCCAGGAACCUAAUGCCAACAGUGUUGCUUGGAAUUCGAACUGUGAGGAAAUGCUUUGUUUUUCUGGCAACAACAUUCUGAGCAUAAAAGCAAGUAACUUCCCAGUUCACCAGCAGAAGCUCAUGGGGUUUGUGGUUGGUUUAUGUGGUUCUAAAAUAUUUUGUCUUCAUGUUUCAACAAUGUCAACUAUUGAAGUGCCAUUGUCAGCUCCGAUGUACCAGUAUCUGGAGAAGAAAAUGUUUUGGGAUGCAUACAAAGUAGCUUGCUUGGGGGUUACAGAUGGUGACUGGGGGGCUUUAGGACAUGCAGCUCUUGAAGGCCUUGACUUUCAAGUGGCCCGACAGGCAUUUAUACGUAUUAAGGAACUCAAGUACCUUGACUUGAUCAGUGAGUUUCAGGAACGGCAACGUAAAGGUGAAAGGGACAAAGAACUGUUCCUUGCGGACAUUCUGGCUUUUCGCUGUAAGUACAAAGAUGCAGCUCAUCUGUAUCAGAAGUGCAGUCAGGAACAGAAAGCUCUCAAUAUGUAUACUGACCUGCGAAUGUUUGAUUUGGCCCAGGAAUUCCUUGGUUCAGUGGACAGUGUUGAUCGGAAAGCGCUGAUUCGUAAGAAAGCCGACUGGGCCAAGAAUAUUAAUGAGCCACGAGCAGCAGCUGAGAUGUAUUUGUCUGCUGGCGAUACACGACAAGCUAUAGAGAUAAUAGGAGAGAAUGGUUGGAUUGACAUGUUGGUAGAUGUCGGACGCCGGCUGGACAAGGCAGAUCAUGAUGGUAUUGUACUUAUUGCGCAACACCUGUGUAGACUAAAACAACUUAAUUAUGCCACAGAAAUGUAUAGAAAGCUUGGUGAUGAGAAAAGCAUUGUGCAGCUAUAUGUGCAAGCAAGAGAGUGGAAAGAGGCCUUUGCUCUCACUGACAGCUAUCCGGAAUUCAAAGACCAGGUCUAUGUACCAUAUGCCCAAUGGCUUGCUGAGAAUGAUAAGUUUGUAGAGGCUCAGAAAGCUUUCCACAAGGCUGGUCGUCCGGAUGAGGCUUUUCGAGUCCUGCAUCAGCUUACACUGAAUGCAGUCAGUGAAUCUAGGUUUCAAGACGCAGGAUAUUAUCAUUGGGUCCUUGCUAGACAGUGCCUUGAUAUUGCAAACCAAAAUGAGGAUCAUAGGAUGGAAAUGAUUAACAAGUUUUUUGAGCAUGAGAAAUAUGCAUGUAUUUAUUAUGCCUACAACACUAUUCAGAAGUACCUGGAUGAACCAUUCACAUCAUAUAUGCCUGAAGCACUUUUUAACAUUUCUCGCUUUCUGAUGAAUGAAACGAAAGAUGUUCGUCCAAAGGGAGUGUCACAGUUUGCUAUAAUGUACUGUCUUGCAAAACAAGCCAGAAAUUUGGGAGCCUACAAAUUGGCACGACAGGUGUUGGAGAAAAUGCAAAGUCUUCGUGUCCCUCCAAGAUUUCAGGAAUAUGUGGAUCUUUCUGCCCUUAUGGUGCGCUCAAAGCCAUACCAUGACAGUGAAGACAUGUUGCCAAUGUGUUAUCGGUGUUCUACAUACAACCCUCUGAUGACCAGCACUACCAACUGCUGCACUAACUGCAGGCAACCUUUUGUGCAUUCCUUUGUUUCAUUUGAGGUCCUGCCAUUGGUCGAGUUCCAGUUAGAGCCAGGAAUCUCUGAUGAAGAAGCAGUUCGGCUGAUUGAAGCUCCUGCUCCUUUUACUGAAGAAUCCAACCAUAGCAGAGGUUGGCUUCAAAGUGAAAGUGACACCUUCCAGACUAUGCAUUUUGAUGAGUCACCUGCAAGCAUAGCAGAUCCCUUCACUGCUCGACUCAUGAGUUUUGAGAAUGUGGGUGAUGAAUUUGUACCAGUUGUUGUUAAUCAGGCAACACUGCAAGCUAUGGAUCCUUGUGCUGUACUAAUUUGCCGAUGGCCACAUCCCUUGCGAUACCAGUUCUACCGCAACUUACUGCCAGAUUUACAGGUUACACUUUGUAACUGUUGCAACAAGAAUCUGUUACUGUCCGUGUUAUUCUUCCUGGCCUCUGGCUGGCAUGUUAAGGGAAUCUAGGGGAAGUAGUGGGAGAACUUUCUCAGAAACAACAUACUUCACUGCAGCAUGCUGGCCCGCAACUACUAGUCUAAUGAAAAACAUCUGUCAUACGUCCCCAAUACUUGAGACACACAGAAGACAGCUCCGGGUUAUAUAGCACUAUAGUGUAGCUAUAAGAACACCAAUAUAAGACAAUUUCAGUACACCAAAGUAUUUGAAAUACUACAGUUUAUUUUGAAUAGGAUGCAUCUUAAAAGCGACUAAAUGUUUGUAUCACAACUCAGCAGUGUCAGCAAUACAACCUCAUGUGUCCACAACAACUAGCCCAAAUACCCCUUUGUGAAGCAAUAUCAGAAUGUGAACUUGCCCAAACCCAUGGCACACCCACAAAAGAGAGCCCAGGUAGAAUAAGUGCCCUUGUCCACGACAAGAAUUCCUGCCGUAACGGUAAUUCCGCCGGCUGGUAGACAAAACCGGGUGGCCAUGUCCACGGAGACAGCAGGCGUGUGGAAAAUGUUUCACUCGAGUCGAGGUGAGUCUGUGCACGAGUGCGGUAGAAUAGAUAUGGAUGUAUGCACCCUCAUUGCACUAUAUUAUUUUUACAAAAACAAACAGCGAUGACGUAGAAUGUCUUGCAUCCUGUGUUGCAAGACCAAUUUAAAUUUGGUGCAUUUAGUACGCUGUUUUAAAAAACAAAGCAUGUUAAUUUUUUUAGAAUGUCAAAAGAAACAUUUGACAAGUUACUGAAAAUUUUAUGCAUCCAUUUGAAACAUGAAGAUACCUAUAUGCGGCCCUGCAAAGAAAAGAAAGAAUACUACAGACUAUGAAACUUGCACGCUCUCUCAAGACCAACUGAUGACUGACGGCAAGCUCGCCGGCUUAUGGACACGUAGACAUGUUAAUGCAUGUCCCACUGAGAACACGGUGCACCGUCUGGCUGGCGUCUCUACAGUGGGAAUCCGGUGCUGCAUGCGGCAGCCGGACUGGUAGAUUUGCCGUGAUGGCUUGUGGACAAAUUCUCAUAUGAAACAAUGUAUCACUACCAACCCGGUAAAUCUAUCGGAACGGCGGACGGCGAAAAUUCUUGUCGUGGACAAGGGCCCUAACACGGACUAUACUUUGUGCUCUAAACUCAUUGAUUGUGUCUUAGUACAGUGAUUAGUAUAUUUACCAAUCAACAGUUACAAAGUACAGCCCCUGUACUAAAUAUUAAUUUUAUGAAUUUGUAUGCUAGGGUUCAAUCAAAUUUUAUUAAAAUGCAGUUGGUAGUUGUGUCUGGUGCUGACUGAAGUUGAAGGCAGUUUACCUGAGGAAGUUGCUCUGCAAAUUAAAUUUCACCCCAUCAAGACCAGUAUAUG